AUGGCAUCUCCGGAGUUUUCGCCCAUCUCGGAGGACGGAGAAGCGGCCGAGGCUCCUCAGGGGGCCCCCCCCCCCGAGGGGGGCCCCCCCGCCUUCCCAGCGUCAGCGUUCGCUGCCGUCGCUGCCGCAGCAGCAGCCCUCAGCGAGCCAGCGUUACCCCUCCCUGCAGAGGGUGAGGAAGACAUUCAGAGCAGUGCCUUCGCAGCGGAAGAAGCGGCUGCAGUGUCUUUCGAGAGAAGCUCGAGCAGCCAGGCGCUCCCUCCUCCAUGGAGCCCACAAGGCACCGUGCUGCUUCUGCCCCCCCCCCCCGCGUCGCCUUCGCGGGUUUCCUCUUUCGCGUCGAGGGAUGGCGACGCCUGCGCGAUGGAAUUAGACAGCCCAACGCAUGCGCAUGCGCGUGCCUUGCCACACAAGGUGUCUCUUCCUGCUCAAUUAAGGCCAGCCUCCCGAAAUCCGCAGCAGAGGAACGGCGCAGGCACGCCUUCUCCAGCGACCUCUGUCGCCCCCCCCGUCGCAGCUACUUCGCCCACACUACCCCCCCCGCAUGCGUCAGUGGAAACGGCUGCGAGCUUCAUUUAUCGCUUUGCCGCGGCAAUACCCCCUCCUGCAGUAGCAGCAGCUGCUGCUGCAGCUGCCUCUCGAGCAGCGGCUGCUGCCUCUCGCGAAGCAGCAGCCGCAGCUGCUGCCACUGCUGCAGCCUCCCUCGUGACUGCUGCUCCCUCCCCCGCUGCAGUGCGCGCGUUGUCAAGGACUGCUGGUGCGCAAGCAGCAGCAGCAGCUGCUGCUGCUGCUGGUGCACUCCCUUUGUCGAUCUGCUACUUGCUGCUGGACGCAUACAGACGUUCUCCUCCUAAGCAAAAGCUCGCCAUCUUCUAUGUCUUCCAUCGACUCCUGCAACUGUCAGCAGCGGCAAGAGCGAACGCGGAGGUCCCUACUAUCGCCGGCUCCCUAGAAGAUGCUGCAUACUCAAUUUUUGUGAUUCCAGCUCUCCAAGAGAUCCAAGCAUCAGGGCCAGAGAUGCUUUCUAUUCGCCCGAAGAUGCUGCGAUGUCUCUCUAUUUGGCGGGAUUGGUGCGUAUACUCCCCGGAGGCGCUCCGUCAUAUUCGCCAAUUGGCUGCAAAAGGAGAAGGUUCUCGCGUCAUGGAAGAGGCUGACAAGGGGGAUGCAGCGGCUGUGGAAAUGUGUGGAACGCCCCCCUUAGCCUCAGUUGAGGCUUUAGAAGCCGUUGCGGCUGCUGCAGCGACAGCAGCGCAGGAGGCGGGAGCGGGGGGUAACCGUAACAGCGGCAGCAGUUUCGCAGCUUCUCAGCCUGCUGUUCGUACAGCGGCUGCAGCAACAGCGUCCGAAGGCGGAAAAGCAGACGCAGGUUCGAUUCCAGCACCAGACGAGGGCACAGGCGAUGCGGCGGGAGGAGGAAGACUUUCUCCCCAAGCGACAGCAGAUGCUGUAGACUCCUCAAAAAGGCACAAGACAGUCACAGGCAGCUGGCGAAAUGUUCACCAGGAAGCGUCUUCAGAAUGCUUGGCGGAAGCCUGCCAAGACGGCGCGCAAGGCGAGCCCAGCAACGCAGAGUUCAGCAUGCCUUUCUUGCGACAACUCUCUGCCGAGCAGCUGGCGGCUUGCGGCAAGCUUUUCGAUAGAGCGUCUCGAGUUACUGGUCAAGAGUACCUCUUGCUCCAGUCCUCCUUGAUGGAUCUUUCAGGUCUCUUGCAGAUGCAGCAUCAGCGCCUGCUCGAACUGAGGGAGGAAAUGCAGCUGUUCGCUGCAGCCGACGCGCUGGCUGGGAGCGACACACAAAAAGAGAGCGCAGCGGCAGCUAGACCAGCGUCGGCUAAGCCAUCGCCUGCCUUUUUCGCGCAUCUCAAAGCAGCAGCAUACGCCACUGAGCUACCCGCCCCCGCCCCCCUUUCUCUCGCCACACAACAAGGACUGGCUUCGUCCGCAUUGAAAGCGUCCAGCAAGCUCGAGCCGCGGCUCGCUCCUGCUCUCCUGGAAAGUGUGGCAAGCAGUAAAAAGCAGCAAAUAACAGGAAGCCGAUCAACUAGAGGCGGAGGCAGAGCAGGCAAGGGUGCAGCGGUCAAGCGCUAG